GUGAUGGCAACCGCUUGUAAAUAAACGCGCUUCGGCACGCUCUUCAGUAAACAUGCGGAGCGACCGCAUUGGAUUGGUAAUACUGCUUCAGUUCGCGCUCUUGGCCAUUGACGUGACGCUGAACAUAAUGUACCGAACUCUACGGAGGCUCGCCGGUCACCCUGCUACUGUUUUUCAUAUAUACCCUGUAAACAUCCAAGACUUCUGCAUCGUGUCGAGCCUGUUGGUCAUGUGCCUCGCGAUAUUUAAUACUUACGCCUUCCAAGUUGGCCAGUUCAAGGAAGUCGCCACCAUGUUCAAGACACCGGUCGCAGUCAACCUCGUCUACUUGGUUCUGUCGCUAGUUCUUCACGUGUGGACCAUGGAGAUCAAUGAAGACGGGUCAGCCGAGCGACUGCGGCACUCUUGGCAAACCAAAGCCACUGAUGUCACACUGUUCACACUUCAAAGAUUUGCUGGAGUGUGGCACUACUACUUCUACAAAAAGACCGCUCUGUACAUGGCAGACGAUAGACUGUACUGUCCGAAUGGACUGUCCUGUGCGACAAAGCGCCCCUCGAUAACGGCGGAGCGGCCGGUGUGACAUCAGCAUUUCUGCACACAGAUAUGCAAGAAAUUCGGGGCCACUACACUAUGAAACAAUAACCUUUAAUUCCGUUAUGCGCCAGUAGAUGCUGGCAGAAAACAU